GAUUUUUUAAAAUCUCGGUCUGUAUUGACCACUCCGGAGGAAUUGCGCAGGUAUGUGCACACUUUCGAUGGUAAUACCAUUAUCUCUAGCCUUCUUCCUUCUCCGUGUAAUUGGCCUAGCAAGGAAGGCUUGCAGGUAGCUCCACUCUUUUAUACUGAGUUCUCUUUCAGCUUGUCAGCUGGGUGCGAUUUGUUCCUGCAUAUCUACGGAACCCUGAGACGUUUCACUGGGCUAUUGGACAGCUACAGACGGCUCUGGCUCACUCCACAUAUCUGUUGGGUCCACACCUAACAUUAGCAGAUUUUAUCGUUUGGGCUUUCCUAGAAUCUAGCAAUGAAUGUCAAAAAUUGAUUUUCAACGGUGAUCCACUGGAUGUAUCACUUUUUGGAUCGGAUCUUUGCCAUCUGCGACGAUAUUACAAUCACUUAACUUCACUCGAACCUUUAACCGACUGGAAAGAAUGCUUGCUAAAUUGGCGGACAAGCCAUCCAGCUCAGCUUGCUACGCAAAACCGCUGUGAAAAACCAUCGCCUGGAAAUGUCGGGAAAACCACUGCAGCUGGGAUGCGCUUCGAAGAAGGUGGAAAGUUCUGCGAACUUCCGGGUGCAAAAAUGGGCGAGGUCGUUGUUCGGUUUCCUCCAGAAGCUAGUGGCUACUUGCACGUGGGACACGCGAAAGCUGCUUUGCUAAAUCAACACUACAGAGACACAUUUAAAGGCCGCCUGAUUUUACGGUUUGACGAUACUAAUCCAGCCAAAGAGAAGGCAACCUACGAAGAAUCCAUUUUAUCAGACUUGCCACGUUUGGGCGUGCACUGGGACGUUCGAACGCAUACAUCUGAUCACUUUGAAUUGCUGAUACAACUUUGUGAGAAAAUGAUUCGAGAGGGCAAUGCAUAUGUGGAUAACACAGAUGGGGAGAAAAUGAAGGUGGAGAGGGAGAACCGGAUUCCCUCGGUUUGUCGUGAAAACUCUGUGGAGAAAAACUUACAGUGGUGGGAGGAAAUGAAAAAAGGCACCGAGUUUGGUGUCCAGUGUUGCGUUCGAGCCAAGAUCGACAUGAAUUCGAACAAUGGAGCCCUUCGGGAUCCGACCAUUUAUCGUUGCAAACGAGAGUCUCAUGUGCGGACAGGAAGUAAAUACAAUGUUUAUCCGAUCUACGACUUUGCUUGUCCCGUGGUCGAUAGCAUCGAAGGUGUGACGCAUGCCCUUCGAACGUCAGAGUAUAACGACCGAAAUGAACAGUACGCUUGGAUUUGUCAAGCUCUCGGACUCCGUUGCCCCCAUGUGAUUGAUUACAGUCGACUUGCUCUACAAAACACGGUUUUAUCCAAGCGCAAGCUUACCUGGUUUGUGGAAGAAGGGAUUGUAGAUGGCUGGGACGAUCCUCGAAUGCCUACUGUCUCCGGAAUCCUUCGACGUGGUAUGACUGCUGAGGGGCUACGUCAGUUUAUUCUUGCCCAAGGCGGCAGUCGAUCAUCUGCUCAAAUGGAAUGGGAUAAAAUUUGGGCUUUCAACAAAAAGGUCAUUGAUCCUGUUGCUCCCCGCUACACUGGCCUAUUGCUUGAUCCCGCCGCCAUCGAUCCCAGCAAUCACGCACCACAUGGUUUGGUUCCUGUUCGAGUUCAGGGGCAAACUUCCCUCGUAGAGAAGCAAGUUCUAGUUCAUCCAAAAAAUGAGAACCUAGGCUAUCGUUCAAUUUUACUGGGGCCCGUAAUUUAUGUGGAGCACGCUGAUGCAGUUUCUUUCAAGGAAGGUGAGAACGUCACGUUCAUCAAUUGGGGCAAUUGUCGGGUGGUCAAGAUCAAUCGGGAGGAUAGCCUUGUAACAGGAGUCGAUGUUCAGCUGAACCUAGAAGAUACGGACUACAAGAAGACCCUCAAGGUCACCUGGUUGGCUGAUCCUGGAAAACAAAAUCCUUCACUUACCCCAGUCACUUGUCUAAUUUAUGAUCACCUGUUGACUAAGGCGAUCAUUACCAAAGACGACGAUUUCAAGUUGUUCAUCAAUCGGGAAUCCAAGACCGAACAAUGUCUCUUGGGGGAUCCCGCUUUGAAGGAUUUGAAGAAGGGUGACAUUAUCCAACUUCAGCGACGUGGCUACUAUAUUUGUGACGCUCCAUACGAAUCAAAAUGCCUGGCAACUGGUUGUGAAUCCCCGUGCGUACUGAUCCAGAUUCCCGAGGGCACGGCCAAAGCGGACAGUAGCUCUGUUGCUGCUUCUUCAACCAGCAAGGGAUCUGGCGGAUCCUCCAAAGCCAAGGUGCAGACUCCAGCGACAACUGAAAUGACAGCAGAGGAAGCAGCGAAGGCUGCGGAACGACAACGGAAAAAGGAAGAAAAGAAGGAGGCGCGCAAGGAAGGUCGAGCCAAAGCAAAAGAGAACAAGCAACAGCAGCAACAACAACAACAGUCACAACCAAAAGAAAGAAUGACUGAGCAGCCUACGUCUGCAGUGGAGCCAUGUCUUGUUCCAGCUGCAACAAAGAUCAAGGAUGAGAAGUCCAAUGCACCAGAAAGUAAAUCACAGACCAAAAAGCAAACGAAGUUGGCUUUGGAAGCGCGAAAAGAAACAGACUUCGCCGAUUGGUAUUCACAACUGAUCACGAAGGCUGAACUUUUGGAAUACUAUGACAUUAGUGGGUGCUACAUUAUUCGCCCCUGGGCUUACUCCAUAUGGCAAACGCUUCAGCGGUUCAUUGAUGCCCGUUUACAGUCAAUCGGAAUUGAGAACGCUUACUUUCCCAUCUUUGUUUCCAAGAGUGCUCUGGAGCGCGAAAAGACCCACGUGGCAGAUUUCGCCCCCGAAGUUGCCUGGGUGACUAGGUCAGGCGAUUCGGAGCUGGCUGAGCCCGUUGCAGUGCGUCCGACAAGUGAGACGAUCAUGUAUCCGGCUUUCGCUAAGUGGAUUCAGUCGCACCGUGAUCUCCCAUUACGCUUGAAUCAAUGGAACAACGUGAUUCGCUGGGAAUUCAAACAUCCACAGCCUUUCCUUCGAACUCGAGAAUUCUUAUGGCAGGAAGGACACACUGCCUUCGCCGAAAAAGCCGAUGCAGAGGCCGAGGUCCUCACUAUUCUGGAUCUGUAUGCGGAGGUGUAUCAAGAUCUGCUGGCAGUUCCGGUCGUCAGAGGACGGAAGACGGAGAAAGAAAAAUUUGCGGGAGCCGAUUACACAACCACCGUUGAGGCUUACAUUAGCGGAACCGGUCGUGCGAUUCAGGGCGCAACUUCUCAUCAUUUGGGUCAGAAUUUCAGUCGAAUGUUCGAUGUGACCUACGAUCACCCGACCACGGGGAUGCCCGCUCACGUGUACCAGAAUUCAUGGGGCUUUACAACUCGCAGCCUUGGUGUACUAUUUAUGAUGCACGGAGACAAUAAAGGCUUGGUCUUGCCUCCACGUGUCGCACCAGUUCAAGUCGUAGUUAUUCCCUGCGGGAUUACAAACAAGAGCUCAGCCGAAGAACGGGAGCUUCUCAUCUCGACGGCCCAUCAGGUGACUGAUAUGUUGAAACGCGAUCCGGCUGGCUUCCGCGUCCGCUGUGACGACCGAACACACGUCUCGCCUGGAUGGAAAUUCAACCACUGGGAAAUGAAGGGCGUACCAAUAAGACUGGAAAUCGGUCCACAGGAAGUCGUGCAGCGUUCCGUAUGUCUCGCACUACGGCACAAUUCGGAAAAGCUUCAGGUCCAAGUAGAUGAGCUUUGUUGUCGAUUGCCAGCCUUGAUGGACUCUAUUCAUGCCAGCCUAUUACACAAGGCGACCCAAGAACUAUCGGCGCAUGUUAUGCAAGUAAACACAAUGGAGGAGCUGUGUGCAGCCUUGGACGCUAAAUCCCUCGGGCUGGCCCCAUUCUGUGGGGAUUCCACCUGCGAAGAGUCCGUUCGGAAUGAAUCGGCCAGAAAUAGCGUUGUGGAGCCUGGUGCCCCUUCGAUGGGAGCGAAAAGCUUAUGUAUACCUUUCGCUUGCGAUUUCAACCCGACUCUAAAAUGUGGCAAACCUACGACUGGGACGAAAUGCUUCAACCAGCCCCACUGCACGCGCCUCGCUGCGGCCUACACACUUUUCGGCCGCAGUUACUAAAUUAUUUCUCGUUGAAAUUUUUGCCCAUACUUCUUAAAGACGUGGUUGCGUGAGAUAAGCAAAUUUUUGAUGGAC